AUGGAUAAUAACUCAAAUAAAAGAAUGGGAAGGCCACAUGUUGUGGUCAUACCUUACCCUGCACAAGGUCAUGUUCUUCCUCUAAUAAGUUUCUCACGUUACCUUGCGAAACAAGGAAUCCAAAUUACAUUCAUAAACACCGAGUUUAACCAUAACCGCAUCAUCAGUUCCUUACCCAAUUCACCUCAUGAAGAUUAUGUUGGGGAUCAGAUCAAUCUUGUUUCAAUCCCUGACGGUUUAGAAGAUUCACCAGAAGAGAGGAACAUUCCAGGGAAGUUGUCGGAGUCUGUUUUGCGUUUUAUGCCUAAAAAAGUAGAGGAAUUGAUCGAGAGGAUGAUGGCAGAAACUAGCGGUGGUACGAUCAUUAGCUGCGUUGUAGCGGAUCAGAGCUUGGGAUGGGCAAUUGAAGUUGCAGCUAAGUUUGGGAUCAGACGCACCGCGUUUUGUCCUGCUGCAGCUGCGUCUAUGGUUCUUGGAUUUAGUAUUCAAAAACUUAUCGAUGAUGGUCUCAUAGAUUCUGAUGGGACUGUGAGAGUAAAUAAGACAAUUCAACUAUCUCCCGGGAUGCCAAAGAUGGAAACAGACAAGUUUGUGUGGGUUUGUCUGAAGAACAAAGAAUCUCAGAAAAACAUAUUCCAACUUAUGCUUCAAAACAAUAACUCGAUCGAGUCAACGGAUUGGUUGUUGUGUAACUCUGUCCAUGAACUUGAAACUGCAGCAUUUGGAUUGGGCCCGAAUAUAGUACCAAUUGGGCCCAUUGGUUGGGCUCAUAGUCUUGAAGAGGGAUCCACGUCACUAGGAAGCUUUUUACCUCAUGACCGGGAUUGUCUAGAUUGGUUGGACCGGCAGAUUCCCGGUUCGGUUAUAUAUGUUGCCUUUGGGAGUUUUGGGGUCAUGGGCAACCCUCAGUUAGAAGAGCUAGCAAUUGGUCUAGAGCUUACCAAGAGGCCAGUUUUGUGGGUCACUGGUGAUCAACAACCAAUCAAACUUGGGUCGGAUCGAGUCAAAGUGGUGAGAUGGGCUCCACAACGGGAGGUCCUUUCUUCUGGAGCCAUUGGGUGUUUUGUGAGCCAUUGUGGAUGGAAUUCAACUCUGGAAGGAGCCCAAAAUGGCAUACCAUUUCUAUGCAUCCCUUAUUUUGCAGACCAAUUUAUCAACAAAGCAUAUAUAUGCGAUGUGUGGAAGAUUGGAUUAGGACUUGAAAGAGACGCACGAGGAGUGGUUCCGAGGUUAGAGGUUAAGAAGAAGAUCGAUGAGAUCAUGAGAGACGGUGGAGAGUAUGAAGAACGAGCUAUGAAGGUUAAAGAGAUUGUGAUGAAAAGUGUUGCAAAAGAUGGAAUAUCUUGUGAGAAUCUUAAUAAAUUUGUCAACUGGAUCAAAUCACAAGUGAAUUGA